AUGGAUCUUGCAGCUUCCAGCGCCUUCACAGUCCUGAGCCCAGCCGCCACAGCCACCGCCACAGUGCGAGCUGCGACACGGAGCCAUGCGGCACUAGGACAUGGUGCCACAGGUGCUGCCGGCACCGCUGUGGCAGUGGCCGGCCUGGCCGCGGUGUCGGGCGCUCAAAAAACACGCCGGGCACGUCGCAGCGCGCCGGUGAUGGUGGGCUGCUCCAUGGAAGACCAGACUUACUACCGCGACCACCUGGUGGCCUGCCGCGCGCAGCUUAAUGGCGUGGAUGCUCCUACCCCAGAGGAGACUGACAAGCACAUGGAGGGCAUCCAGGCAUUUGCCAAGCAGGCUUUGGCGGGUGCUUCUGCCGCCAUGCUGUUCACCAGCUCCAUGGAGGCAGCUGUUGCGUACCCAAUUUUUGCCCAGCAGAACUAUGCCAACCCUCGUGAGUACACUGGGAAGAUCGUGUGCGCCAAUUGCCAUUUGGCCAGCAAGCCCAUUGAGGUGAGGCUUCCUCAGGCAGUGCUCCCCGACACCAUCUUCAAGAUGGAGGUUGAGGUGCCAGCCAAGUACGCCAAGCGCCGCCAGCCUCUUGCUGAUGGCUCCAAGGGCCCCAUGAACAUUGGCGCCAUUGCCGUGAUGCCUGAGGGAUGGAAGUUGGCUCCCAAGGAUCGUCUCCCCAAACCCCUGAAGAAGGAGAUGAAGGGCUUGGCCUGGGCUCCAUACAGCAAGGAGUAUCCCAACAUCGUGGUAGCUGGACCUGUGCCAGGCGAAACCUACGAGAAGAUGGUGCUCCCUGUCUUGUCCCCGGAUCCCAAUACCAACGACAAGGUGAUCUUUGGCAAGGGCAUCUUCUACUUUGGCGGCAACCGCGGCCGUGGCCAGGUCUACCCUGAGGGCAACCAGAGCAACAACAACCAGUUCUUGGCAUCCGCCACCGGCACCAUCUCCGCCAUCGAUGGUUUGAAGGUGAGCAUCACCACUCCUUCCGGUGAAGUGAAGACGCAGGAGUGCCUGAGAGGUGCUGACAUCGUAGUGCAGGUGGGUGACGAGGUGACCAAGGAUGAGCCCCUCACCACCAACCCCAACGUGGGCGGCUUCGGUCAGGAAGAGAAGGAGUGCAUCCUGCAGGACAUGAACCGUGUCUACGCCUUCUGCGCCUUUGCCUUCUCCUGCUUCAUUGCCCAGCUGAGCUUCGUGUUGAAGAAGAAGCAGUUCGAGAAGGUCCAGUUGGCUGAGGGCUUCUGA